UCUAAAAAUUUUACAAUGGAAAGUAAUAAAAUUACGGAAGAAUACUGUCAGCAAUUUCAAGUCGAAAACACAGAAGAAGAAAAAAAUAACGACAGGUGUUCUAGAAUUAUAGGAGUAACUCCUAAAAAGUUAGAAAUUUCAAAUGAAGUUCAAGUAAUUGAUGUCCCAGAAUUUUACGAAGAUGAAAAUGAUGACGAAGCUAUGGCGUCUCCAAGAUCAAAAUCACCUCGUCCACCUUUAUCAGCAAAAAAAGAAGACAAGGAGGAAAGUUUUUGGGACAAAAUCGGAACUCUGGGCCGUAAAAAGCGUAUAAAAGAAGUCCAAGAAGUUCAAGAAGAAGGAAAGUAUGCUAUCGAUUCUCCAGGAUACGCUGCUAAUCCGGAUAUGCCACCGGAGGAUUACACUCUUGAUGAAAACGAGGAGCGGUCAAUUAUUCAACCUGGCUCGCUAGAAGACCCUAAGCUCCAGGAACUUAUUUUUAUACUUAUUGAGUGGAUUAACGAUGAACUUGCGCAGCAGAGGAUUAUUGUUAAGGACAUUGUUGAAGAUUUAUACGACGGACAAGUUAUUCAAAAAUUAAUUGAGAAACUAACUGGCGAAAAACUCGACGUACCAGAAGUGACACAAUCUGAGGAAGGACAAAAACAAAAGCUAGAAGUUGUUUUGUCAGCAGCGAACCGUAUUCUCGGUCGAUAUCCGCCGUAUCAGUGGAGCGUUGAAUCAGUGCAUUCAAAAAAUAUCGUCGCGAUAUUACAUCUGCUGGUGGGAUUAGCGCGACAAUAUCGCGCGCCAGUUAGAUUACCAGAGCGUGUCGCAGUGCAGCUGGUGGUUGUCAAAAAAAAGGACGGGCAAUUGAUUCACCGUACUGUCAGAGAGGAGAUAACAUCAACGUACGACGAUCUAGGAAUGCGCUGCGAGCGUGACGCAUUCGACACGCUUUUUGAUCAUCCUCAUGACAAGUUACCAGUCGUCAAGAAGUCACUGGUGUCCUUCGUAAACAAGCACCUGAGCAAACUUAAUCUUGAAGUUACUGACCUGGAUACACAAUUCCACGACGGAGUUUAUCUUACGCUACUUCUGGGUCUUCUGGAGGGCUUCUUUGUGCCUCUCGGUAGCUUUCAUCUAUCGCCAAAGACUCACGAUCAGAAGGUUCACAACGUUUCCUUCGCUUUCGACCUGAUGAAAGACGUCGGCCUCCCGAAGCCUAAAGCCCGGCCUGAAGAUAUUGUUAAUCAUGACUUGAAAUCAACUCUCAGGGUUCUUUAUAAUUUAUUCACAAAGUACAAGAAUAUUAAUUGA